GCGGCAGGCCUUCGAUCGACGGGCGGCGCGCCGCCCCGCCUCUCUGCACGCCGAUGUCUGCGGGGCUGCUGCCGCUGCGGGGCGCGGCGCGACCGGGCGCCGCGCGGGCGCCCGCCUACGGCGAGAGCGUCUGGGCCGCCGCCGCGGGCCUGGGGGGCGGCGCGGCGGGGGCGCGGCGCGGCGCCUUCUACGAGGCCCAGGAGGUGCAGCUCCUCGAGGGGCCUGCGGGGGAGCUCCUGCUGGCCAGCGGCGAGCCCCCGGCGGGGCACGGCGCCGCCGGCGGCGCCGCCCCGGGCUGGAGCCGCCCGCUGCCGCUGGGGCGCGCCGCGCCGUCGCUGCCCGGGAGCGAGGCGCGCUGGGGGGCGUCCGUGGCCUGCCCGGUGGCGGAGCUGCAGCGGAGGGGCCUCGACCUCCCGCGGCGCUUCGCGUGCCCCAGGCUGUCUGCGGUGGCCCUCGCGCGCGACGCGGCCGGGCGGGUGCUGCUGACCCGCCGCCCUGGGAGCAUGCGCGCCUUCCCCAGGUGCUGGGUGUUCCCCGGCGGCGCCGCGGACGAGGGCGAGAGCCUGGCCCAGGCGGCCUCCCGCGAGCUGCUGGAAGAGACUGGCCUGGCCGUGCCGCCAGAGGGCUGCAUCAGCGCUGGCCGCGUUUGGGGCCACUCGCUGGUGGUGUUCUUCUUUGCCGACGUCGGCUCCGCCACGGGCGCGCCCCCGGGGCUGCAGCCGGCCGAGUGCGACGCGUGCGCGUGGGUGCCGGUGGGAGAGCUGAUGGCCCUGCACGCGGGCAGGGAGGCGGAGCCCGCGCGUGCGGCCGUGGCGGCGUGGCGGCUCGCCGGGGUGGUGGCCGGCGGCGGCCCCGGCGCCACCGCGGAGGUGGAGCCCGCGGAGGUGUCUUGGGACCAGCUGCGGGGCAUCUAUCCGAACGCGGUGGGCGAGGGCAUCGGGCAGGGCCACCUCUUCGCGCUGGACGUGGCCUUCGGCCCCGAGGGGCACAGGCUGUGA